UGUGCGCACACACAGUCAGUCAUGAAGGUGUGAAGGGGGAGUCUAGUCAGCAGACGUUUAUUUAAACAGUAGAUUAAAUCACCCGAAACAAUAGCUGAGGUCAUUACUCUUGAAAAACAACUUUCAUCGAGAGUCGCCCAGCCGUCGUCUGUACUUCCUCAGUCAGACACCAGCUAUUUAGGAGUAGGGGUACGCUUUAUUUAUUAUCGGAAAACACGUGAAGAGCCUUCAGUUGAGAGACGAACCAGGGAGCAGGCAUGGCUGUGUCGAGCUGUCCGAACACAAAAACCCUGGAGGACUUGACGCUGGACUCGGGUUAUGGCGCCGGGGACUCCUACCGGUCUUUGCCGUCUUCCAGAUGCAAUUCCCAGGCGCACACCAGCACACCUCAUCGCUCGGGAUGGUGGUGCAAUGGCGGUUCGAUGAACAGUCGCAACAACAGUUGGGACACCGUAAACACAGCGCUCCCAGAAGAGCCAGAAGAUGUGCUCAACAAAUGCCCUCGACUACCAGAUUUGGAAGAGUUCCCCUGGACUGAAGAUGAGGUGGCCGAAGUGUUGCAGAGAGUGGCUGGGGACAGUGCAAAGUUUUCCACCGAGGCCGUCCGGAGACUAUCUGUGCUUUUGAGAAGGGCGCUGCUACGGAUCUCCAGAGAGGCACAACGUCUCAGUGUCAUGCACUGUCGAUGCACUCGCUACGAGGUCCAAACCGCCCUCCGCCUGGUGCUGAGCUGGGCCCUGGCGGAGACCUGCAUCUCGGCAACGGUCAAAGCCAUCUCACUGUUCAGCAUGAGCUCCGGUGAGACCCUGCGUAAAAGCAAAACCGCCCGGUGCGAACUCAUCUUACAAGUCGGCAGGUUUUUCCGCUGGAUGGUGGACACUCGGGUCUCGGUGCGCAUCCACGAGUAUGCCGCUAUCUGUCUCGCUGCGUGCACCGAGAGUUUGUUGGAGGAGAUAGGAUCCAGGGUCCUGCUGUGGCAUUCACAAACGGCAAACGACUCAGCCACUGGCCCCGUGGUCAUCGGUGUGGAUGCAGUGGAAGCGGUGAUCUGCAAUGAUGCUGAACUCUACGGUGUCAUGCUUCAGCACGAACAUCUCAUCUGCGGGAAAAACGCCAACGGUGAGCUGUCCUUGCCCGCGCGGUUCAGCCGCUACCCAGAGGCGGUGGAAGGGGCGAGGCCGGGGGCACUGGAGUGGCGGGAGGAUGCCUACGCCCAGCUGGAGCUGCGUACGCUGGAGCAGGCUCUCCUGGCCACCUGCGUCGGCAGCAUCGCAGAGCUCAGUGAUCUGGUGUCCAGAGCUAUGCACCACAUGCAGGGUCAGAGUUCAUCUGGUGCUGGUCACAGCCCACUCCAAAACAGCCGCCGGCCGCUAGUCUCCUGGUCACCUGACGCGCUGCACACUCUCUACUACUUCCUGCGGAGCCUGCAGAUGGAGUCACUGGAGAACCCCAACCUGGACCCCCCCAGAAUGGCCCUCAGUCGGGAGAGGCCGUUUGUGCUGCUGCCUCCGCUGGGUGAGUGGCUGCGUGUGUGUGUGGCCCAUGCUGAGCACCGGCGGAGUCUGCUGCUGGACAGCGAUGACGUCAGACAGGCCGCACGGCUGCUGCUGCCCGGACUAGACUGCGAACCCAGACAACUCAGGCCGGAGUGCUGCUUCACCUCCUUCAAGCGCCUGGAGUCCCGGGCGGCGAGUGACAAGUUUCACCUGGACCUGGGCUUCAGAAUGCUCAACUGCGGACGCAGCGACCUGAUUGGUCAGGCCAUCCAGCUGCUGGGGCCGGAGGGGGUGGACACUAAAGACGACCAGGGCAUGACUCCCCUGAUGUAUGCGUGUGUGGCCGGGGAUGAGGCCCUGGUGCAGAUGCUUGUAGAUGCAGAGGCCGGCCUGGAGGUGGCGGUGCCAGCCUUCUCGGCCUCCCAUCCAUCUGUGCAUCCUGACACGAGGGACUGGGUGGCUCUGACGUUCGCUGUUCUGCACGGCCACUUGUCUGUGGUGCAGCUCCUUCUAGAUGUGGGAGCAGAUGUGGAGGGUGCAGCCAGCAAGGGAUGGGCACCUACACCCCUACAACUGGCAUCUGCAGCAGGUAAUUAUGAGAUGGUGAGUCUGCUGCUGGACCGAGGGGCGGAUCCCCUGCUCCAGAUGCAUUGUGGGGAUGCGCUGACCUCAUCGCUCUACGAGGACAUGAACUGCUUCAGCCACGCUGCUGCACAUGGGCACAGAAACGUGCUGCGUAAGCUGCUGUGCCACCCCGAGGGCCGCCAGGAGGAGGUGCUGUCCCUGGAGGAGAUACUGGCCGAGGGCCUGCAGGGGGCGCCAGCACCAGCAGCAGCAUCAGCACCAGCAGCAUCAUCAGCCUCAGGCUCAGCAUCAACAGCAGCCUCAGCUCCAUCAGCCUCAGCCCCGCGCCGCCUCUGCAAGGCCCGCAUGAGGGCACUGCAGCAGGCCUGCCUGCACAGCGCAGAGCACGGAUACCUGGACGUCACCAUGGAGCUCCGCACUCUAGGUGUACCCUGGAGGCUUCACGUGUGGCUCCAGUCCCUCCGCAGUGCCCACCAGCAGUCCAGGACAGACGUGCUGCUCUCCCUCCUGUCAGAGUUCACCUCCAUCGGCCGCGACGAGUACUCCCAGGCCCUGGUCUCCCACGGCCUACCCCUCAUGUUCAACAUCUUCAAAACUACCCAGAACUCUGAGCUCAUGAGACAUCUGGCGGCCAUCUUCAGUCACUGCUUUGGCUCGGCUCCGCCUCCUCCCAUUCCGGCCGCACGAGACACGCCCUCCGCCCAGCUGGAUUCUCACUUCCUGAAUAACCGUGAGAUGUCUGACGUGACGUUUGUGGUGGAAGGGCGGCCAUUUUAUGCCCAUCGAGUCCUGCUGAUGUCUGUCUCAGACAGGUUUAAAGCCUUGCUUGGGUCAUCUCCCUCUAGUGGACGAGCAGGGCAUAAGCACAUUCCCAUUACCAACGUCUCCUACGCCACCUUCCAGAGGAUGAUGAGCUAUCUCUACUGUGGAGGCAGUGAGUGUCUCAAUGCCCCUUUGGCAGACCUUCUUGAGCUCCUUGCAGUGGCAGACUCCUUCCAGGUGGGGGCACUGAAGAGGCAGUGUGAGAUGACGUGCGCUGAGCUUAUUCAGCUGGACAAUGCCAUCCGCCUCUACCAUAAAGCCAAGGCUUGUGGUGCUAGAGAACUGGUCGUGUUCUGCGAAGGCUACAUCCUCCAAAGGAUGCCAGACUUCCUGGAUAGAGAGGACUUCCAGAGCCUGCUUCUCCCCGCCUCAGGCUCCCCAGUUCUGGGGGCACAGCUUGACUGCUCAGCCCUGGAGGGGCUCCAGGCCACACUGAGCCAUCGCCUCCUCGCCUGCUGCAGGCCUGGCCAGGGCUGAGGAGGAGACGCAGGGGACAGGACAGG